CAAGAUAGUAAGCCGUUCGGGGGCAUACAGUGACCCGCUUCUCGAUAGUCGAGUGCCCUGGCCCGAGGGAGAGCCCCCCGGAGACCUCGAUUUGGACGCCCUCAUGGAGUCAUCCGAGGCCUGGAGAGCACUGAACAAAGCCUCUUUCGGCGCCGGCACCAGCGGCUGGUUUGAACACAGAACAAACUGGCGCCAAGAGCUGAUCGUUAAAUGCAGCGGCAACGCUACGUCGGAGGACAACCAGCAAGUUACGGACAACAUUGAUUCGUAUUUCAACGUCUUUUUGUUCGACAUAUUCAGCGAUCCGUGUGAGCUGAACAAUCUGGCAUCAUCCGAACCAGAGUUGCGCGACAGGUUGCUGAGCAAGCUGGUGACAUACCGAAACCACAUUCCUUUCCGGUGCGUGAGUGAUGAUGUGGACUUGCGUGGUUUUCCGGAGCACCACCAGUGCACCUGGCCACCCUGGAUAGGUGUGAAGCCGGCGAGGUACCAGCGCUGUCCAUGCUGAAAAUACCACCAGUGCGCAAUGAACUUGAAAAGUGAAAU